UCUAGGGAGAUUCAACAUAUUCGCAGGAAAACCUUUAAAGGAAGUAAGACACACUCAUCCUCCACAAUGGAUAAAUUUCGGAUGAUGUUCCAGUUUUUACAGUCCAAUCAGGAAUCCUUCAUGAAUGGAAUUUGCGGUAUUAUGGCUCUUGCCAGUGCACAGAUGUACUCAUCUUUUGAGUUCACUUGCCCCUGUUUACCAGAAUACAACUUUGCGUACGGUAUUGGAAUUUUACUUGUUCCACCUAUCUGGUUUUUCAUGCUUGGAUUUGUGCUCAACAACAAUGUGUCCAUGCUGGCAGAGGAGUGGAGGAGACCUAUAGGGAAGCGAAGGAAAGACCCGACCAUUUUGCGCUACAUGUUCUGUUCCAUCACACAGCGCUCCAUGAUAGCGCCUGCCGUUUGGAUAUCUGUUACCCUCAUGGACGGAAAAAGCUUCCUCUGUGCCUUUAGCAUUAACCUGGAUGUACAACAGUUUGGAAAUGGAAGCAAUCACGGCCUUUCGGAAGUAGCUCUCCAAAGGUUACUCGCUAAAAUUCCCUGCAAGCAUAUCUUCGAUGGAGAGGCUGUGAUAUCGAGAGAGGCAGCUUCAAGAUAUAUUCGCUGCAUAUCACAGGCUGUCGGCUGGAUCUUUCUGUUGCUCAUGACUUUGCUGGCUUUCAUGGUGCGAGCGAUACGACCCUGUUUUACACAAGCGGCCUUCCUUAAAACCAAGUACUGGUCGCACUACAUCGACAUAGAGCGCAAGAUGUUUGACGAAACCUGCACCGAGCACGCCAAAACUUUCGCCAAAGUGUGCAUCCAGCAGUACUUUGAGAGCGUCAGCGGGGAAAUGCACAGGUUCCAUGGACAGCAUGAUGACAAGGACAGCGACGACGAAGACGACAAACGGAAAAGCGAUGAGGACAAACUCUUGGGGAUCCGUGCCCAGGAUGACAUGAAUAAAGUCCUCUGGAACUGGCACACCUGCAAACCAUCACUCAACCUGAAAAAGGCUGAGGCUCAGAACGGAGAUGCCACGGGACAUGUGGAAAUAUGCAUGAGUGGUUACACUCAGCAAACACAGAGCCCAGCCAAGAAGCCAUGGGUGGCCUAUUAUAGUAAGGUCUGAAGAUUUAUUAACAGGGAGCACAGACAUCUAAACCACAAAGACUGAUGGACAC